GGAAAAUUCGUUUCUUCGCACACGCAUUCGCCGCAUAUUGGAAUCCAAUUGGUAUGGACUGAUAAAGGACCAGAGAAAAGGAAAGCAAGGUCAAAAGAUGCAGAAAAAAAUGCCCGGCCCACACGACCAUAUAGUAACAAAACUCGCGGACAGCUAUCGUCUACGCAAGACUUCCUUACCGCACACAAAGAGUGGUAUUACAAUGGGUGCGGAAUGAAAGAGAACUCGAGGACCCAGAAAUUGGGAGUGACGUUUAUCGAUCCGCUCUCCUCCUCAAAGGAAACGGGCAUGGGCGAAAACUAAACAUCUUUACUCAAAUGAACGGGAAUGUGGUUUGGCAGCAGUUGGAACCCUGGUUUUCAUUUCAGGCCGUAGAGUUUCGUCGGAGCUUUUUAACUAUCGGAGAGGCACAUGCACAAGCAAGCAAGCUUCAUAUUGCCAUCAGAUAGCCCCAGACCCUGGGGAUAAAUAGAAGUGGACUACAGAAGCUCGAGCGUGUACAUGAAUCACACCUCUCAGACAAGAUAUCCAACGCGAACUUGGGACAACCCUUCAAGGAUAAGCAACCUCAAUCCGCAGAACGAACAAGAACGCGGAGUCCCAAAUUUCCUUGAAGCAACUAGUGACCUAUCAUUGGGAUAUCGGCUACCGAAACUAAUUGAAGCGAAACAGAAACGUUGGAUAAGAACCCUGAAAGACGGUACCAUCAUAUCUUCCAUCCUUACCGUUGUUUCCGGGCAGCUGUUGAUAUUCUAUAGGAGCAGCUUCAGUUCACUCAACCAAGACCGUUCUCUGGCUAUUGCCUUCCUCUCGAAUCUAUCUUUUAUCUUCAAUCUAAUCUCCACCUUCAUCUCGAUCGUCCUUGCCAAUAAACUGGGGCGUCUGCCUGACGUUGCGGCACGUCGAGAUGCUAUCGCCCCUCAAGACGGAUACGUCUCUGCUAGCGGGGGUUCCCUCAAGUUGUACGGCUUGAAAACAUCCUGGUACCUCAUGGCUUUUUACUGGGCCAUAUGCUUUUCAUCUGGUAUCGGCUGUCUGCUCGCACAAGUCAUGGUGUACGUUUGGAUGGACGAAGCUCUACCGGUGAAGAUCGUUGCCACAUGCCUCGUUGUUUUGGCCCUACCUCUUUCCUUUGCGCUGUUUGCAAAUUGAAUGGUUUACAACAGUUAUUCGAACCACUGAAUGGCCCGAUGACGGAGCGCGC